AUGCCCAAAAAAAGGCGUACUCUGGGAAUGCUAGUGGUCAAGCAUGGGCUCUCGACAUUGGCAAGUCUGGUGGGUGGCUCCUUCUCGAUUGCUAUAUUGUGCAGAGAUAAUCAACAACAUUGUUUUAAUAGACCGGCCUUGAUUGUACUUACAUGCGGACUGCUAGCUAAUGGCCUUGUCCAACUUACCAUCCCUUUAACAAACUCACAAAUGCUGAGGUGGAUGUCGAUAGCCACGUUAGUCGUAUGCUUUGUUUCGACUAUCGUCUACCUUAGGACCCUACUGAGCGAUAUAUCGAGCUCAAGGCUGUCCACAAUGGACGAGCACCUGGUAUCAGUACAGACCUGCGCGAUAGUGGCCACCAUGCUAUUCAGCAAUCUGCUAGUAGCUUUUGACACGUCAGACCGAAUCAGUGACCAGAAAUCGUGUGCAUCGGAAUUUGAGCAACAGUCAAACGAGAUGCAAGCCGAAAAAAAUGAUAUACAAGCGCACAAAACAGUCACCAUGAAAAACUCGGCUCAAACGCUAACUCCUGACCAUGAAUACACUACCGCGCUGACCAGCCAACAGAACUGGAUGAACAAAUACCCUUCGACGUAUUCCAGUUCGGAGUGCCUCUCGGUAAAUUCAGUUCUAAAGCAUAAUUUGGGAUUGCAUCAUGUGCACAUGCAAGUAAAUUCACCGGAAUCUCCGGUUUUAGACGCCUCUAAACCCAAAACCCCGUCAAGGACACCUAGGAAACCUAAAAUUGACGUUUUCGCACGGAUGAGGGCUAUGAGUAGGUCGGCAAAGAGCCCGCCUGGAGCGGACUUAGCAAUUCCGGAAGACAGCAUCAAUGCUCAUUACGUUACAAGGCUUUCUACGAUCCACGACGGCUCGAGGAGUCUUGUUAAUGUUGCUCAUAGCUCACAAAACUACGACGCCAGCUCCAAAAGCAUACGAUCAAGCUUUCUACUUGACGGACAAAAAUGUGAUAAUGUAAACAAGGCUCUCUUAUUGGAAAGAGAUGCUGUCCAUAGAAUCAACAAUGCUCUCUUACCGCCUUCUUUACAGGGUUAUGAAGGUCCCACCUCACAUGAGGCUGCUCACAAUAGCACCCAAUCUACGCCUGUGGCAAGCUCUGGAUGUGACGAUGUUGACGACGUUCUUAUGGAAAACGGUCUAGAAGAAAUACCACGUAUUCCCGAACCUCAGAUUUUAACCGACAGAUGCCCCCAGAUGGAUGGCUCUCCCGCUUUAUUUCAUAAUGUCAGCUUAGGUGACUGGGAAUUAAAUGGUCAAAAGCUUUUGGAGAACGAGCGUCAAAUUCUUCGAGAUGUUCCUCAGCUAAUGCCAAGUUUUGAAUUCCAGUCCAACGAAGAGCUAAAGACUAAGGAUGAGUUCAGUUUCCCACUGACAAAGUACAAUUUCGAGAGUCUCCCGGAAGGCGAAAAUGAUAAUGCAGAUGCUGUAAGCGCGUUGGAUGCAUUACUGAAACAAAGUGAAGGAGGAAAUGAUUUAAGCGAGACUCAAAACGAGAUAAUGAAUGAUAUUUUGAAGCAAGAGAACUCUCUUGCCCAGGUCAGAAGGUUUUCUAAAGAUUUGAGCUUUAAAAGUGGCCCACACUCCCCCACAAAAUCAAUUAACUCGAUUAUAACGGGUUCUGCCGCAGGGAGCAUCAAAUCUCCUUCCAAAAUUGGUUCGGUAUUCACGAAUGCUGGUAAUUCGAGUAUACCCAACCAAAUACAUCACUCCAGAUCAAACUCGCAAAUAACAACAUUUUUUCAUACAGGGAACAGCGCAAAUGGGUUCAGUCACUCCACACAAUCAUCUCCCACUAAAAGUCGUAGGCUGAAAAGACUUAGCAAAAAAGUCUCUCUGUCGGGCAUAUCCUUCAAACAUGAAGAAGAGGGUGGUUCAAACCCACAUAAUAGGGGAAAUAGCAUCGAUUUUAGCUACCUACACACCCUACAAAACAAGCACUCUCCAUCCAAAUCUGUUUCGUCCUUAUCAAGACGCAACAGCACUUUCUCACCAAGUGACCGAAACUCACGAGCACUGAGCGCGAUUUUUACUGCCACAAAUGAUAAAGAGCUUAAAAAGUCCCAGCAUAACUUAGAUCGACACCUUGACCUCAACAAUUCACUUGAGUCCGAUAGUCAAGAGGGUCAGGCAAGCAGACCGAAUUCAUUUUCAAAGCAAAGCGAUCACGAUUACCCACACACUGUAAUGAGCGAGUAUGAUCGUGAAAAGUGGACUACUAUACAAAAUUUAUCUAUUGUGUAA